AUGGAAAAACUGCUUUAUAAAUGGUUCCUUGCACAACGCGAGAGAAAUAUGCCAGUUUCUGGAGAGAUGAUAAGGCAAAAAGCUUUGAGUUUAAGUUCCAGUUUAAAAGUUAGCAGCUUUAAAGCAAGUGAUGGGUGGUUACAACGGUUUAAAGAACGGUAUGGGGUAAGAUUUUUAAAAAUAACCGGAGAAAAACUGUCAAGUCAGCCAGAACUUAUUAAUCCAUUUAAAGGAAAACUAAAAAUGGUGAUUGAAAAAUAUGAAUUAAAUGAGCACCAGUUGUACAAUGCUGAUGAAACUGGGUUGUAUUGGCAAUUGUUACCUGAUAAAACAUAUGUAUCACUAACCGAAAAAACUGCACCUGAACUCAAAAUAGCCAAACGAAGAGUUACAUUUUUGGGAUGCGCCAAUGCCUCAGGGUCGCAUAAAAUAAAACCAUUACUUAUCGGAACUGCAAAAAAUCCGAGAUGUUUCAAAAACUUUCAUAAUCCCUUGGUGUACCGGCACACUAAGAACGCCUGGAUGACUGGUGAACUUUUUAAAAACUGUUUUUUUCAGCAAUUUGUUCCAGAGGUUAAAAGUUUUCUGAAAUCUCAAAAUCUACCAGAAAAGGCGGUACUUCUUUUGGACAACGCUCCGUCUCAUCCACCUGCAGCAGAUUUAAAAUCUAGUGAUGGUAUGAUCUUUGUAAUGUUUAUGCCUCCGAACGUUACACCACUUAUUCAGCCAAUGGAUCAGAAUGUGCUUAGGCUUACCAAGCUUUUCUAUAGGAACCGUCUUCUUAGUUCCAUUAUUACUGGAAAAGACACUGUAGGUGAAGCCCUUAAGAAAACUACGUUAAGAGAUGCAGUGAUCCAUUUAAUGGCCGCAUGGGAAAAACUAAACCCAGACAUGAUCUCAAAAUGUUGGCGAAACAUUCUUGACUUUACGGAUGCAUUAGAUGAGGACGACUUGCCUCUAUCACGCAUAAGACAACAGCUAAUUGAAGAACGAGCUGCCGACCCAAUAAGAGACACAAUAGCACUUUUAGGCGCUAUAGGCCUGCGGAAUACACGGGCUGUAGACAUUGAAGAAUGGAACAAGGAUUCAGUGAUAGAAGAAGCGAGCCUGGAAGAAGCUGAAAAUAUGGAUUCAAAUGAGAGUGACAUUGAAAUCGAGGAACAGCCAAUAAUUACAAUUAAACAUAGCGAAGCAGUCUAG